AUGGGGAAAACUAAAAUGCAAAAAAUGAAUAAAAUACAAUAUUUGGAGUACCUGAGAGGAAAAGCUUGUAGAAUGAGGGAAAGUAAAACAAUAAAGACCACAGUACAAUUAGAUGAUAACGUAGAUGAUAAUAGUAGAGUAGCGCCCGCGUCAUUGCUAAACCUAGAUGGCCAGCAAUUAGUCGCUAUUACCUCCUUCCAAAAUAGUUAUCUAAUCAAAAUGCAGCAACCUUGUGGUGACGACACUUUGUCUCCCACGGCAUUAUCACCAAUUGUAAAUAAUGGUGAACCAGUGUUAUACACGGUUGAGGUUAGUAGUAAUGUGAGUAUUUGA